AUGAUCAAACCGGGAUUUGUAGUGCCAUCUAAAAUAAGGGGAAGCACACGAUUUUGGCCUUACUUUAAGGAUUGUAUUGGCGCGAUUGAUGACACUCAUAUUCCAGUCAUGGUAAAAGGUCGUGAAGUUAGUAGCUACCGUAACCGCCAUGGAAUUCAAUCUCAAAAUGUACUAGCAGCAUGCAACUUUGAUUUGGAGUUCAUAUAUGUGCUAAGCGGAUGGGAAGGGUCGGCGCAUGAUUCAAAGUUGUUAAAUGAUGCUUUAUCAAGGAGAAAUGGACUUGAGGUUCCUCAAGAAGAUGAUGAAGAACUUGAUAUGGAAGAUGAGAAUCUUGAACUACUUUCUCAAAGUCAACUACAACAAAGAGCAGAGGCUAAUACUUAG